AUGCCGAGUCAACUUGGAAUUCGACCAUCAAAAUUAAACAUAAGGAGAAGGGAUGAAGAGGGAGGUGUCGAAGUGGGUGAGGGGGCCGACGAAUGGUCCCAGGCCAAGACAUUGAUCAAGCCCCCAGACCAGCUGGACCUGACUGAUGCUGAACUGAAAGAGGAAAUAACUCGCAUCCUGACGGCCAACAACCCCCAUGCUCCACAGAACAUUGUCCGAUACAGUUUUAAAGAAAGAGCCUACAAGCAAACUUCUGUGGUGGAGCAGAUGGCCGUUCACUUUUCUCUUUGUGGGAACCUGAUCUUCAAAGAUUCGGAUGAGGGCCGCAGGCAGGGCUUAAGAGCCAGUUCUUCCGUGGCGGGUCCUGUUUCAUCCCUGGUUGUGGACUUCGAUGCUCUGGAUGCCGAACUGAAAGAAGCUGAAGCCGAAGGAGGCGAAGAAGAAGAAAUGGAAGUGAUGGUAGGAGAGAAACUGGAAUCGCCGGAGAUCCAGAUCGAGAAAGAGGAGGAAGUCCAUACACGAGGCACUCAAGAACGGAAGCUCACCAACCAGUUUAACUUCAGCGAAAGAGCCUCCCAGACCUACAAUAACCCCGUGCGGGACAGGGCCUGCCAGAUGGAGCCCCCGCCCAGAGCAACUUUCUCAGACACCGCUAACCAGUGGAAUAUUUACGACGUUUAUGUGGAAGAACUUCAAAAACUGGAAAAGUCAAAGGAGAAAGAAAAGCAGAAAGCCCCCGUGACCAAGAGAGAAGACAAGAUGAUGGGAAGGAAAUUAACCUCUCUGGAAUCUCAGAGCGACGACAUCAACAAAGUGGCCAAGGCGGCGAAGAUCGUGGAGCGGAUGGUCAACCAGAACACCUUCGAUGACAUCGCUCAAGAUUUCAAGUACUUUGAAGAUGCCUCCGAUGAAUACCGGGAUAACAUGGGGACGCUGCUGCCGCUCUGGAAGUUUCAGUACGACAAAGCCAAGCGGCUGGCUGUCACCGCCCUCUCCUGGAACCCCAAGUACAAAGACUCGUUCCUCGUUGGACACGGCUCUUAUGACUUCAUGAAGCAGAGCCGGGGGAUGCUGCUGCUGUACACCCUGAAGAACCUCUUUCCCGAGUACGUCUUUGCCAGCGAGAGCGGCAUCAUGUGCCUUGACAUCCACGUGGAACACCCCUACCUGAUUGUGGUGGGCUUCUACGACGGCAACGUGGCCAUCUACAACCUGAAGAAACCCACGGCCACCCAGCCAGGCUACAAAAGCAGCAAGUUGUCUGGGAAGCACACCGACCCCGUCUGGCAGGUGAAGUGGCAGAAGGACGAUAUGGACAACAAUUUGAAUUUCUUCUCGGUCUCUUCCGAUGGCCGCAUUGUCUCCUGGACGUUGGUUAAGAACGAGCUGGUCCACACAGACAUCAUCAAGCUGCUGGUUGAAGGAACUACGGUGGAAGGACCGGAGGGGCUGCAGCUGGACACCAUUGGUUGUGGGACGUCCUUUGACUUUCACAAGAAGAUCGAUUAUCUCUUCCUGGUGGGUACCGAGGAAGGCAAAAUCUACAAGUGCUCCAAGACCUACUCGAGUCAGUUCCUGGACAUCUUCCACGCUCACCACAUGGCGGUGGACGCCGUGAGCUGGAAUCCCUUCCACCCCAAGGUCUUCAUUUCCUGCAGCUCGGACUGGACCGUGAAGAUCUGGGAUCACACCAUCAAGACACCCAUGUUUAUCUACGACCUGAAUUCUGCAGUUGGUGACGUGGCUUGGGCGCCUUAUUCCUCCACGGUCUUUGCGGCUGUAACCACCGAUGGGAAGACUUACAUCUUUGACUUAAGCGUCAACAAAUACGAACCUAUUUGCCACCAGCCUGUGGUAGCCAAGAAACGGAACAAAAUCACCCACGUCCAGUUCAACGCCAUUUACCCCAUCAUCAUCGUCGGGGAUGACCGUGGCCACGUCACCUGCCUGAAACUCUCUCCCAACCUCCGUAAGAUGCCCAAGGAGAAAAAGGGCCAGGAGGUCCAGAAAGGGCCCGAAGUGGAGAUCACAAAACUGGACAAACUCCUGAAUUUGGUGAGAGAACCGGCACCCAAAACCAGCAAGUGAGCCACAUCCAACCUGCCCCUCUUCUCCCCGGCAGGGAAGCACCGGAAUCCAGGCGUGAGAACGCUUCGUCCGGGACAGCAGCCAGGGGUGGGCGGCUGUGCCAAAGGGGCCUCGGGAAAGACAUUUCCAACACAAAGAGCUUUUUUGUUCAAAGGUUUUGCAUGCAGGAAAAUAAAAGUGGAGAUUUGACACCGUC